AUGUACGCAUUCUCCUUCACGGGGCUACUUGGUUAUCUAGUUGCAGUUAAUGACGUCUUUCAAAUAACUAAAGGCGUAUAUGACCCAAAUUCGGACCACCGGCGCAAAGGAGUAUACAAACAAGACAUCGACAACCUUAGGAACCGCAACACCACCCUACAGACGUUGGUGCAGGCGAUCCUAACAUACGAUGAAGAAGAUGUUCCCGAUCUCGUGCGGCAGAUACGCGCUGCAGAAGACCUCGAAGUGGUUGCUGAAUCUAUAUUGAAACGGCAAAAGCAGCUGGGUCCUGCAGCAAGCGAUAAUAAAGGCACGUCUACUGGAGCAGAAUCCCCCUUCAGUGAUGUUCCCCAAUUUGAGUCAGAACUUAUUGGCAAGAUAAGUGAACUAAGGCUUGAUGGUGCUGUGAAGUAUGUGGGGGGGACAUCAAACCUGAUAUUCCUGCCUGAGCUCUCGGAAGAUGAUGAACUAUACUCGGAAGCAGAAUCUCCUGAAGCCAAACCAGAUUUGAAGGACAGCGUCAACUCGUGGACUACUGUAACGGAAAACAAGGAGCUUAUCCGGCAUCUUCUCACCAUGUAUUUCACCUGGCAUUAUGCCUAUUUCACAACCCUGUCCAAGGAGCUGUUUUACCGUGACUUCAUAGCAGGCCGUCCCAGCCAGUAUUGUUCUGCAUUGCUUGUCAAUGCAAUGCUAGCACUGGGAUGCCAUUUCAGUGCCUGGCCAGCCUCUCGAGAGGACCCGAACGACUCGUCCACCGCCGGAGACCACUUUUUCAAGGAAGCAAAACGGUUAAUUCUGGAGAAUGAUGAGCAUACGAAAGCAAAACUAUGUACGGUCCAAGCUCUUGCCCUCAUGUCAGUCAGAGAGGCUGGAUGUGGCCGAGAGGGCUCUGGAUGGGUUUAUAGUGGAAUGAGCUUUCGUAUGGCUUAUGAUCUUGGGCUAAAUGUGGAUUCAGCUGGCAUGGGUUCUUAUAACCUUACAGCAGAGGAUAUCGAUGCCCGUAGGGUUACAUUCUGGGGCUGUUUCUUGUUUGAUAAAUGCUGGUCUAACUACCUUGGUCGCCAGCCCCAACUGUGUGGACCCCAUAUCACAGUCCCAAAAUUUGAUGUAUUCCCUAAGGAAGACUCGGAAAUCUGGUCACCAUAUACGGAUUCCGGCAUUUCAGACGACUACAGCCAACCCUCAAGGACAAGAGCCGUAGCCCUGCAAAUUUCCAAACUUUGUGAGAUCAGUAAUGACCUGCUAGCUGCAUUUUAUAAUACGGGACCGCCAAAGCAGAUUGCUAAGCAAGAAGAGCUGAGGCGGUUGACCCAGCUGCACACUCGUUUGGAGGCAUGGCGUAAAGCACUUCCUCCGGAAAUGGAACCAAAAGAUGGCCAAUUACCCCAGGUCCUUCUGAUGCAGUAUGUUAUCCACCAACGUCAAGAAAUUUCUCCCUAUCUAUUUACUAACGGUUUCAAUAGUAUGUUCUUCCAAUUACUAUUUAUACACCUUUACCGUCCAUUUUUGAAAUAUACCAAGUCCACUUCCCCAUUGCCAGCGCAUGUUUCUCCUAGGAAAUUAUGUACCCAAGGAGCCUCUGUUAUCUCAAAAUUGUUACGUCUAUACAAACGUACGUACGGGUUACGUCAGAUUUGCAACAUCGCUGUAUACAUCGCCCAUUCGGCAUGCACAAUUCAUCUCCUUAACCUACCCGAUAAGUCCGCCAGGCGGGACAUCGCACAUGGCCUGAAGCAUUUGGAAGAAAUUGCCGAAAGUUGGCUCUGUGCACGAAGAACUCUACGGAUCCUGGAUCUGCUAUCAAAGAGGUGGAAAGUCGAACUUCCGGAGGAAGCGUUAUCUGUAAUCGAGCGAUCUCGGGCCAGAUUCGGGUCCACCAGCUCUUGGGAACAGAUGCAAUCGCCUUCAUCAUCGGGAGCAUCACCGAAACCACAUGACCGCGUUCAGGCAUCAGAACAACCAAUGCAUACCCCAACACAUGAACCCGCCAAAUCAUCAACGGUGUCUGCGGUGAUGAAUACUCAAGCCACAUCCCACACUUCUACAUAUUCCGCGCCAGUUCAGAUUCCUCAAGAAGAUGUUACCCAACUUCAAUCGUCUGUUUCCACAGAGCAACGCCCUGCAGAACAUGAAAUGCCCUCCAAGAAUAACGAAUAUUCAGCCAAACAGAAAUUACCAACAGUGCCGCAACCUCCCAUGAACACUACCCCAAGCCUUGGUAAUGAUAUCGCUAUGGGUCUUCCUCAAUCUCCAACGUUUAUAGACUCUGACAAGCUAGUCCAAGCCAGCCAAAACUGGUGGCUGAAGGACCAGAACGCCCUCGCUAUAGGCAUGGACAAUUGGUCUAGUAGCUGGGGUACUCCAAAUGAAGGCCCUGGUAACACCAUGGACUACCCAACCUCAGGCAGCAACUCUAUUCCCCCAAUAGAGGCCACUGAUGCUUACACAACCCAUGCCCAGCAACCCAUGCAUAUCGAAGGACUCCCCCCAACUGCCGCGGCUCUUGGACUCUCCCAUCCAAUCACUUCCGCUGGGACCUAUAAUACGGAAUUCCUCGCAUCUCAAACCAACCCCACCCACCCAAAUAUCGCAAAUUACAUGCCUCAGCGGGGUGAUGGAGAAUAUUCUGAGCAAGGAGACAUGUUCUACUAA